AUGGCCACAACUGGAGCCCUGGUGUUAAGACUUUUCUUCAUGGCUGUCCUGUUGAGCCCCCAGAAGUCAUGGGCUAUCAAAGUGGUAGGGACGCCCACCACUUGUGUGACACAGCAGACAUUACGAGGUCAGAGGUCACCACUGCUGAGCUCUGUUUACCGGAGAGCUGCGGAGUUCUUUCUUUCCCCAGACGAAAAGGGAGAGUUUAUGUUUGAUUUCGAUGGUGAUGAGAUUUUCCACGUGGAUAUUAGAAAGUCAGAGACCAUCUGGAGACUUGAGGAAUUUGGACAGUUUGCCAGCUUUGAAGCUCAGGGUGCCUUGGCCAAUAUAGCUGUGGACAAAGCUAACCUGGACAUCAUGAUAAAGCGUUCCAACCACACCCCAGAUGUCAAUGUAUCUCCAGAGGUGACUGUGCUCCCCAACAGUCCAGUCAGCCUGGGGGAGCCCAACAUCCUUAUCUGCUUCAUCGACAAGUUCUCCCCACCAGUGGUCAAUGUCACCUGGCUUCGGAAUGGACAGCCUGUCACCACCGGCGUGUCAGAAACAGUCUUUCUACCCAGGGAGGACCACCUCUUCCGAAAAUUCUACUAUCUGACCUUCCUGCCGACCACUGAAGAUGUCUAUGACUGUGUGGUGGAUCACUGGGGUUUGGAGGAGCCUCUGCUCAAGCACUGGGAGUUUGAAGAGCAUACCCCCCUCCCAGAAACUAAAGAGAACCUGGUGUGUGCUCUCGGGCUGUUUGUGGGUAUAGUGGGCAUCAUUGCCGGGGUUGUCUUCAUCAUCAAGGGUAUGCAAAAACGCAAUGCUGCAGAACGCCGCCAAGGAGCCCUUUGA